AUGGCAGGAAGACAACCAGUUCAUUCUGUACUAUUUGACAAUAGUCAAGACAAUAGUCAAUAUUAUUCACAACAAGCAGCAUCUGCACAGUCUGGCGAUGGAUUACAGUUUUAUUCAUCCACUUAUGGAGAUCAAUACAGUGCUGGUGCCAACACGAACAGCAACUAUUACAGUAGCGCUCCUUCGGGAGAUAUGCGUUCACCUAAUUACGAUUAUACCUCAGGCACAUCUGGUUCUUUCUGGAGCGCGUUUGGUACAGGUGGGUUUGCAGAUGAACCACCUUUACUAGAAGAACUUGGUUUAAACUUUGGCCAUAUAAAGACAAAGAGUUUGGCGGUAUUAAAUCCUUUCCGAACUACAAACAAAAAAGUUUUUUUCGUGUUUUUAACCAUAUCUUGUAGAAAAAAGAGACCAACCGAUCGUAACAUACCACCCAAGAUUGAAGCUUAUGUUCCAGAAUCCAAACUCUAUACCGAACUUUGCGAAUUUGAAAAGAACCUCGAUGUGUCCAUUAUGAGAAAACGUUUGGAUAUCCAAGAAGCGCUUGGAAAACCAACCAAAGUACGACGCACGUUGCGUAUCUUUGUAUCAAACACAGCAGCCGAUCAGACAUCACAAAUUGACGAACCUAAUAGUUUUGAUUUAAACAAUGAGAAUGCACCUUCCUGGACCCUCAAAGUGGAAGGAAGAUUACUAGACCCUUUGAUUCCUACCAAGAAAGCUCAACCUAUCCAGAAAUUCACAUCCUUUUUUAAAUCCAUCCUUGUUGAAUUAGAUCGCGAUCCGGAAAUGUUUCCAGAAGGAAAUAUCACUGAAUGGCAUAAACAAGCUUCAUCUACAGAUUCUGAUGGUAUUGAAUUAAAGCGUAAAGGCGAUGUGGCAGUAAACGCUCGAAUUAUACUCGUUCCCGAUUUCAAUCCCAAUAAAUAUAAGGUAUCUGGAGGUUUAUCCAACUUGAUAGCAUUGAAAUUAGCAACCAAACCUCAUGUCAUCACGGAAGUUUGGAACUACGUCAAGCAAAACAAAUUACAAGAUGAGCAGGAUAAGCGAUUAAUCAAAUGUAAUGACAAAUUAAGUCUGUUAUUCGGUGGUCUUUCACAAAUCCAUUUUUCACAGUUACCAGAUUUGAUCAGUCAGCAUCUGUCAAGACCAGAUCCUAUUGUCUUGAAUUACACCAUUCGUGUAGACAAACAGUUUAAUCAAUCGACAAAGGCUUAUGAUAUGGAUGUAGAACUUGAUAGUGUCGUGCGUCAAAAGAUGAUGAAUAUUGUGGCUUCUAGUCAGACCCAAAAAGAUAUCAUGGGAUUGGAUGAUAAGAUUGUACAAUGUGUUCAAAGUAUUAACAACUCAAAGAUCAAGCGUGAUUUUUUGACCCAGUUCUCGAGGGAUCCUAUUGAGUUUAUUAACAAGUGGAUUACGAGUCAGGCAAGAGAUUUAGAGACACAACAAAGAAUGCAAGAACUCUUGGCUACUCAACGACAUUAA